UUCAAUAAUUGCUGUGACGAUAAGCAAACAAUUUAAUAACAAUUUAAUGUGUAACGUUUGAUACACUUCGUUCCAUCGCCACACACGAUGCUUAGGGUAGCGCUAAGAAGAAAGUUUAUUUCAAGUUUGCAGUGCGCUCGGGCGUACACAUCAACCGUAAAAACUGAAGAGGCCCUUUUUCCACACAAAGAUGAAUUCCCAAGCAGACAUAUCGGACCACGUGACAGGGACAUUAUUACAAUGCUGGACGCUUUGGGAUUCAAGAGCCUCGACGAGCUUACCGAUAAGGCGGUUCCGAAAAGUAUAAGACUGCAAAAGCCUCUCGAUAUUGAAGAACCGGUUGGUGAGUACGAGUUGAUCAAUAGAAUUAGAGGAAUCGCCGAGAAGAACCAAAUAUGGCGCUCUUACGUCGGAAUGGGCUAUCACAAUUGCUGCGUACCGCAUACCAUCAUGCGAAAUAUCUUCGAAAACCCAGGUUGGACGACGCAGUAUACGCCGUAUCAACCCGAAGUCGCUCAAGGCCGAUUGGAAGGACUUCUAAAUUAUCAAACUAUGGUCGCGGAGUUGACUGGGUUGGAGGUAGCAAAUGCGUCACUUUUGGACGAAGGAACUGCAGCAGCUGAAGCCCUCUCACUUUGUUUUAGGCACAACAAGAGGCGAAAACUCUUGGUUUCGAAUAAAGUGCACCCGCAAACAAUAUCGGUCGUUGAAACGCGACUGUCUUCUCUUGAUUUGACGGUGGAGGUUGUGGAUGUGUUUGAUGCGGACUUUUCAAACAGAGACAUCGCUGGUGUACUAUUUCAGUAUCCUGACACCGAGGGAAAUGUGCUAGAUUUCAGUGCGAUAUCAGAAGCGGCACAUUCUCAUGGAACUUUAGUUUGUUGCGCAACUGACCUGUUAAGCUUAACGCUGUUGAGACCUCCAUCGGAAUUUGGGGCGGAUAUCGCCGUCGGUACUUCACAAAGACUCGGCGUUCCUUUGGGUUACGGCGGUCCCCACGCUGGAUUCUUUGCUUGUAACCAAUCUCUUGUAAGAUUAAUGCCCGGAAGAAUGAUAGGUGUUACAAGAGACGCGGCUGGACGCGACGGGUACAGACUUGCACUUCAAACGCGUGAGCAACACAUUCGAAGAGAUAAGGCUACCAGUAAUAUUUGUACCGCUCAAGCGCUACUGGCCAACAUGUCUGCAAUGUUUGCCGUGUACCACGGUCCGCAAGGUCUGAAAGAUAUCGCAACAAAGAUUCACAACAUGACAUUGGUUAUCGCCCAUGGAUUGACUCAAGAUGGUAACACACUAACUCAUAACUUGUUUUUCGACACCAUUAGAAUUAUGCCAAAGGAUGGAGUGGACGAAGUUAGACAACGCGCGAACGAAAAGAAGAUAAACUUCCGAUACUACGAGGAUGGUGGUGUCGGUGUGGCAUUGGACGAAACUGUUACUCUAAGUGACCUCAAUGACAUCUUCUAUGUUUUUGGAAGUAAGGCAACCGCAGAGUCGAUUAUAGAAAAAUCAGACGUUCGCAACUUAUCAAUUCCGCGCAGUGAAUUUAAGAGAACUUCACCUUAUCUCACUCAUCCUGUGUUUAACUCCCACCACUCGGAGACUCGCCUCGUUCGCUACAUGAAAACUUUAGAAAACAAAGAUAUUUCUUUGGUGCAUUCAAUGAUUCCUCUGGGAUCAUGCACGAUGAAGCUAAAUUCCACAACAGAGAUGAUGCCUUGUUCGUUUAAGCACUUUACGGAUAUUCAUCCGUUUGCGCCGUUAGAUCAAUCGUUAGGAUAUCAGCAGCUUUUCGCGGAACUCGAACGAGAUUUGUGUACGAUCACUGGGUACGAUCGGAUCAGUUUCCAACCGAACAGCGGCGCUCAAGGCGAAUACGCUGGUUUGCGUGCCAUUCAGUGUUACCAUGAGGCUCGAGGCGACAAGCAUCGGGAUGUUUGUCUAAUUCCAGUCAGCGCUCACGGGACAAAUCCAGCCAGUGCCCAAAUGGCGGGAAUGCGCGUGGAACCGGUGAAAGUUAAGCAAGACGGUUCAAUUGACAUGGAAGAUCUCAUAUCGAAAGCUGAAAAAUACCGCAACCGAUUGUCGUGCCUUAUGAUCACGUACCCGUCGACAAACGGCGUAUUUGAGGAGACAGUUGCGAAUGUCUGCGACAUAAUUCACAAGAAUGGCGGACAGGUUUAUUUGGAUGGGGCGAAUAUGAAUGCGCAGGUGGGUUUGUGCAGACCCGGAGACUACGGUAGCGAUGUUUCCCAUUUGAAUUUGCAUAAAACGUUUUGCAUUCCACACGGUGGCGGAGGACCGGGCAUGGGACCGAUCGGAGUUAAGCAGCACCUGGCUCCUUUCUUACCAGGUCAUCCAGUUGUGUCGAUGGGAGGUACCAGGUCAGGUUUGGGAGCUGUUAGUGCCGCGCCGUUUGGUUCUUCCGCAAUUUUGCCUAUAUCCUGGGCGUAUAUAAAAAUGAUGGGUGCACGUGGACUCAGAAAAGCGACACAAGUGGCCAUUUUGAACGCAAAUUAUAUGUCAAAACUGUUGGAACCUCAUUACCAAACUCUCUUCAAGAGUGAAACGUCAGGCUUGGUGGCUCACGAGUUCAUAAUCGACGUUCGCGAAUUCAAGAAGACUGCCAAUAUUGAAGCUGCCGAUUUAGCGAAACGUUUAAUGGAUUACGGUUUCCACGCGCCUACGAUGUCGUGGCCGGUAGCUGGAACUCUCAUGAUUGAACCUACAGAGUCGGAGGACAAGCAGGAGUUAGAUCGAUUCUGUGAGGCUUUAAUAUGUAUUAGACAAGAAAUUCGGGACAUUGAAGAAGGUAAAUUGGAUAUAAGGGUAAAUCCAUUGAAGAUGGCGCCUCAUACACAAGGACAGGUAAUUAGCAGUUCCUGGGAGCGUCCCUACACUAGAGAACAAGCCGCGUUCCCCGCAGCAUUUGUUGUUCCUGAAACCAAAAUUUGGCCAACAGUCGCAAGAAUUGACGACAUUUACGGAGACAAGCACUUAGUCUGCACCUGUCCGCCGAUAUUGCCAGAGUACAACUACUAAAAAUCAAGAAAACAGUAUUUAUUGAAUUAACGUACUUUGUUAACAAGUUAUUAAAGAAAUAUAUAUUAUUUGCAUUUC